AGAGAGCUCCAGUCGGAGAAAAACAAUCUUAAAUUUCGUCCCGAGAUCGAAACCUCGAAACAAUCGAUCAGCUUGGCACUUGACUUGUCUUAUAUAUUCCAAGUACAUAAAAUCGAACUUAUAAGAUAUAUAUAACUAUUUAUCUGCCAAACAGUUCAUUCAAGAAAUAACAGUACAAUGUAGUAAAAAAGGCUCAAUGUUCCUUGGCGAUCAAAGUGAAUGCCACAAUCAUUAUUUUCGCUCAACGUCAUUUUGGAUCCGCCACCGAUAUACAAGCCGCUCAUAGAGACAAUUCGAUUAUGUCGUUUCGCAACAUCUUACGAAAGUGCAUCGAAAAGACGCGCCGCAUGAUUGUUUAUGCGCUCAAGAGAUGAAUCGCCGCCAUAUGAACCAUAAUCAAGAUCAUCAUAGCGGAUUGUCGCGAAAGAGUGUUUGCCGAAGAAUGUCCAAGUGGACUCACCGGUUCCAGGUGGUUUCGGGCACAGCCUGAUUGAGAAAGCGAAUUCGGGAAAACUGGAGAGGAGAGCAAUCGAGAGCGGCCAUGACCAAGUACGGCUUCGCCAGACUAGCCCUAUGGCGGCCGAGACGCUCCAUGACCUCCCAGCCGACCAACAACCAGGAAAACAACCCUCUAAUGGAGGGCGAGGGUGGCGGCGGUGGUGGCGGCCGUUCUGCGACCGGUGCCGGCGGCGGAGGCGGUGGUCGACGGGCACCGAGUCUACGACUGGUGAACGGAAGAGCGACAACGGGCGUAAGUUUACACACCAGCAGCACCGAGUCCGUGCGCUCUCCCCAUCACCAGCAGCAGGUCGGCAACAACAACUGCCACGCCGGUAGCAACCCCACCAACAAUCAUCCACGGCUCAACAAAGAUGACAGCAUCAAAAUCAGUAUCGAGAACACCAACACAUGCACAGACAGCCUCGUCACUGCUCUAGACGACGAGACUCUGCUCAUUACUGAUUUCCUAGGCGACACAGGCAACGAGAUGAAUUACAAGGGCAGUGGGAAGGUCCACUUUGGAGUGGACGAUGUGUCCCUCUAUGGGACGCCGAAAGAGGAGCCGGGCCCGGGCCUUCCGGGCCAGGAGGUCAAGCAGAGCUUCCUGAAGAAUCAGCUUCAGGCACUGUUCCAACCAACGGACAACAAGUUGGCCAUGAAGCUCUUCGGGAGCAAGAAGGCGCUUAUGAAGGAACGGAUCAGACAAAAAGCCGCAGGUCACUGGGUCAUCCAUCCUUGCUCCAGUUUUCGAUUCUACUGGGACCUCUGCAUGCUCCUCCUAUUGGUAGCUAAUUUGAUAAUUCUGCCAGUCGCCAUUAGUUUUUUCAAUGACGACCUAAGCACUAGAUGGAUAGCCUUCAACUGCCUUUCCGACACGAUAUUCCUUGUAGACAUCGUCGUCAACUUCAGGACGGGUAUAAUGCAGCAGGAUAAUGCCGAACAAGUGAUAUUGGAUCCGAAGUUAAUUGCGAAACACUACCUCAGGACUUGGUUCUUUCUCGACCUCAUCUCUUCUAUACCACUAGAUUAUAUUUUCCUCAUAUUUAAUCAAUUUCAGGACUUCAGCGAGUCCUUCCAGAUCCUGCAUGCUGGACGUGCUCUCAGGAUUCUCAGGCUUGCAAAACUGUUGUCACUCGUUAGAUUACUACGUUUGUCAAGACUGGUGCGGUAUGUCUCGCAAUGGGAAGAGGUCUAUAUAUUGCAGAACCUACAAAAAAAACGCACUGAGCGGAGGGGGCGCCUAAGUUCUGACAAUAUGACUAAAAAGAAGUCCGGUUUCAGCAAAAGCGAACUUAUUUUUAAGUUCCUGAAUAUGGCGUCAGUGUUCAUGCGGAUAUUUAACCUGAUCUGUAUGAUGCUCUUAAUCGGCCAUUGGAGUGGCUGUCUGCAAUUUUUGGUCCCUAUGCUUCAAGGUUUUCCCAGUAAUUCAUGGGUAGCCAUUAAUGAGUUACAGGACUCAUUCUGGCUGGAGCAAUACUCGUGGGCUCUCUUCAAAGCUAUGUCGCACAUGCUGUGUAUCGGGUACGGUAGGUUUCCGCCACAAUCGUUAACCGACAUGUGGCUGACCAUGCUCAGUAUGAUCAGUGGUGCGACGUGCUACGCUCUUUUCCUCGGACACGCGACGAAUCUCAUUCAAUCCCUCGAUUCCUCGAGAAGACAAUACCGCGAGAAGGUGAAACAAGUAGAGGAAUACAUGGCCUAUCGAAAACUACCGAGAGAAAUGAGACAAAGAAUCACGGAGUACUUCGAACAUCGCUACCAAGGAAAGUUCUUCGAUGAGGAGCUAAUUCUUGGAGAACUCUCGGAAAAAUUGAGAGAAGAUGUGAUAAACUACAACUGCAGAUCGCUGGUGGCGUCCGUGCCCUUCUUCGCGAACGCCGAUUCGAAUUUCGUCUCGGAUGUCGUCACGAAACUCAGAUACGAAGUCUUCCAGCCAGGUGAUAUCAUCAUUAAGGAAGGUACUAUCGGCUCGAAAAUGUACUUUAUACAAGAAGGCAUAGUCGAUAUCGUAAUGGCGAAUGGAGAAGUCGCGACUUCGUUGUCGGACGGAUCUUACUUCGGCGAAAUCUGUCUGUUGACAAACGCGAGGAGAGUAGCAUCGGUCCGAGCGGAGACCUAUUGCAAUCUCUUCAGCCUCUCGGUGGAUCAUUUCAACGUCGUGCUGGACCAGUAUCCACUAAUGCGCAGAACAAUGGAGAGCGUUGCCGCCGAGAGGUAUAAGCUUUGGCUAAACAAAAUCGGAAAGAAUCCUAAUCUGGUGGCUCAUCGCGAGGAGGAUCUUGGCAGUGAAUCAAAAACGAUAAACGCUGUGGUGAACGCGCUCGCGGAACAGGCCGCGCAUGCCAGCGCCAGCGAAGAAUCGGUGCAUAGUAUGGAGCUUAGAACGCUGCCGGCUUGUCUGUUACCCAGACCAAAGUCGGAGAAUAAUUUCGCGAGUGAGGAACUUACGAGAGAAGGACGGAGGAUCUUCCACAAGAGCGACACUUUUCACAAGGACUCGUAUCAAUGACGACACUCGUUUUAUUAGCAUACACAGAGAUAUUAACGGCUCCAUGUUGGAACAAUGGAACUUUUCUCAUCGAUAGUAUAUAUAGUCGGUGGUUGGUUUUGCGUCCAGUGUUCGGGCGAAGUCCUAUAGCAGCGGUCUAUACAUAGAUAUCGGCCAUGCAAGUAGUCUUUUAGCGAUCGCGAUUUAUAGAGCCUUCUUGUAUUAAUCUGACGGCAUUUUCGUCCGGGACCGUAAAACCGCCGUAAGACAAUUGAUUCCUAUGCUCCAGCCAUGAUGCAGAUUAAUACAUAUGUACAUAUUAUUAAUUGCAAUUUAUAUAUAUAUAUAUAUAUAUAUAUAU